GGAGCUGCAGCCAUGGCGGGCGGCGCGCGGCUGCUCUGGGUGUCAUUCCUGGUGCUGCUCGGGCCCCAACCCGGGCAGGGCCGGCCCCGAGAGCGGCUCCGCGUGCGCUUCACCCCGGCCGUGUGCGGCCUGCGCUGCAUCCAUGGGCCCAGCGGCUCCCGCUGCACCCCGACCUGCGCGCCCCGCAACGCCACCAGCGUGGACAGCGGCGCGCCCGGCGGGGCGGCCCCGGGGGGACCCGGCUUCCGCGCCUUUCUGUGUCCCUUGAUCUGUCACAACGGCGGGGUGUGCGUGAAGCCUGACCGUUGUCUCUGUCCUCCGGACUUCGCCGGCAAGUUCUGCCAGUUGCAUGCUUCAGGAGCCCGGCCCCCAGCCCCCGCCAUGCCCGGCAUCACCCGCUCCGUGUACACCAUGCCCCUGGCCAACCACCGCGACGACGAGCACGGCGUGGCAUCCAUGGUGAGCGUGCACGUGGAGCACCCGCAGGAGGCAUCGGUGGUCGUCCACCAGGUGGAGCGAGUGUCGGGCCCUUGGGAGGAGGCGGAUCCCGAGGCCGUGGCGAGGGCGGAGGCGGCGGCCCGGGCGGAGGCGGCUGCGCCCUACACCGUGUUGGCCCAGAGCGCCCCCCGCGAGGAUGGCUACUCGGACGCCUCGGGCUUCGGUUACUGCUUUCGGGAGCUGCGCCGAGGCGAAUGUGUAUCACCGCUGCCCGGGCUCCGAACUCAGGAAGUGUGUUGUCGAGGGGAAGGCGUGGCCUGGGGCGUUCACGACUGUCAGCCAUGCUCGGAGCACCUGGGAAACAGAGUGGGUGGAGCCGAUGGACCUUGCCCCACUGGCUUUGAGAGGGUUAAUGGAUCCUGUGUAGAUGUGGACGAGUGUGCGACCGGAGGGCGCUGCCAGCACGGGGAAUGUGCCAACACGCGCGGCGGGUACACGUGCGUGUGUCCCGACGGUUUCCUGUUGGAUUCAUCCCGCAGCAGCUGCAUCUCCCAACACGUGAUCUCAGAGGCAAAGGGGCCCUGCUUCCGCGUACUUCGGGAUGGCGGCUGCUCGCUGCCCAUUCUGCGUAACAUCACCAAACAGAUCUGCUGCUGUAGCCGUGUGGGCAAAGCCUGGGGUCGAGGCUGCCAGCUCUGCCCACCUUUCGGCUCGGAGGGUUUUCGUGAGAUCUGCCCUGCUGGCCCUGGCUACCACUACUCAGCCUCUGACCUCCGAUACAACACCAGACCCCUGGCUCAGGAACCACCUCGAGUAUCUCUCAGUCAGCCACGUGCCCCCGCAGCCACCUCUCGGCCACCUACAGGCUUUCUGCCUACUCAUCGCCCAGAACCUCGCCCUCAGCCUCGGCCUCAGCCUCGACCUGAGCCUCGACCUGAGCCCCACCCUGAGUCCAGACCUGAGUCCAGACCUGGCCCUGAGUUUCCUCUUCCCAGCAUCCCUGCCUGGACUGGCCCUGAAAUUCCUGAGCCAGGUCCUUCUUCUGGUGUGUGUCAGCGCAACCCUCAGGUGUGUGGCCCAGGCCGAUGUAUAUCCCGACCUGGUGGUCACACUUGUGCCUGCGACUCGGGUUUCCGGUUGAGCCCCCAGGGUACCCGCUGUGUCGACUUAGAUGAAUGUCGCCGUGUACCCUCUCCUUGUGCUCCGGGGCGCUGCGAGAACACACCAGGAAGCUUCCGCUGUGUGUGCGGCCCGGGUUUCCGAGCCAGCCCGAGGGCUACGGAGUGCCUGGAUGUGGACGAGUGCCGCCGCGUACCGCCACCCUGCGACCGCGGGCGCUGUGAGAACACACCCGGCAGCUUCCUGUGUGUGUGUCCCGCCGGGUACCAGGCUGCACCUCAUGGAGCCAGCUGCCAGGAUGUGGAUGAAUGCACCCAGAGCCCGGGCCUCUGUGGCCGUGGGGUCUGUGAGAACCUGCCUGGCUCUUUCCGCUGUGUUUGCCCGGCUGGCUUCCGGGGUUCAACAUGUGAAGAGGAUGUGGAUGAGUGUGCGCAGGAGCCCCCACCCUGCGGGCCAGGCCGCUGUGACAACACGGCUGGCUCCUUCCACUGUGCCUGCCCUGCUGGCUUCCGCUCCCGAGGACCAGGGGCUCCUUGCCAAGAUGUGGAUGAAUGUGCCCGGAGCCCUUCGCCCUGUGCCUAUGGGCGGUGUGAGAACACAGAAGGCAGUUUCCAGUGCAUCUGCCCCACUGGUUUCCAACCUAACGCUGCUGGCUCGGAGUGCAAGGAUGUGGAUGAGUGUGAGAACCACCUGGCCUGUCCUGGGCAGGAGUGUGUAAACUCCCCUGGCUCCUUCCAGUGCAGGGCCUGCCCUGCUGGCCAUCAUCUGCAUCGUGGCAGAUGCACUGAUGUGGAUGAGUGUAGUUCAGGAGCCCCCUGCGGUCUCCACGGCCAUUGCACCAACACCGAAGGCUCGUUCCGCUGCAGUUGUGCACCGGGUUACCGGGCGCCAUCGGGUCGACCUGGACCCUGUGCUGACAUAAAUGAGUGUCUGGAAGGUGACUUCUGCUUCCCCCACGGCGAGUGCCUCAAUACUGACGGCUCCUUUGCCUGCACUUGUGCCCCUGGUUACCGGCCCGGACCUCGCGGAGCAUCUUGCCUUGAUGUGGACGAGUGCAGCGAAGAGGACCUUUGCCAGAGCGGUGUCUGUACCAACACCGAUGGCUCCUUCGAGUGCAUCUGCCCUCCGGGACACCGUACAGGCCCAGACCUGGCCUCUUGCCUGGACAUUGACGAGUGUCGUGAACAGGGCUCAGCCCUCUGCGGGUCCCAGCGCUGUGAGAACUCCCCUGGCUCUUACCGCUGUGUCCAGGAUUGCGAUCCUGGCUAUCACGCUGGCCCGGAGGGCACUUGUGAUGAUGUGGACGAAUGCCAGGAAUAUGGCUCUGCUAUUUGUGGAGCUCAGCGUUGCGAGAACACCCCUGGCUCCUACCGCUGCGUACCAGCCUGUGACCCUGGCUAUCAGCCCACCCCGGGCGGCGGCUGCCAGGAUGUGGACGAAUGCCGGAACCGGUCCUUCUGCGGUGCUCAUGCAGUGUGCCAGAACCUACCUGGUUCUUUCCAGUGCCUCUGCGACCAGGGAUACGAGGGGGCAAGGGACGGGCGUCACUGCGUGGAUGUGAACGAGUGUGCAACACUGCAGGGUGUGUGUGGAACUGCCUUGUGUGAGAAUGUCGAAGGCUCCUUCCUGUGUGUCUGCCCUAGCAGUCCUGAGGAGUUUGACCCCAUGACUGGACGCUGUGUCCCCCCACGGACCUCUGCUGGCACCUUUCCAGGCUCACAACCCCAGGCACCUGCCAGUCCCAGUCUGCCAGCCAGGCCACCCCCUCCAUCCGCACCCCGCCGGCCCAGCCCACCUAGACAGGGGCCUGUGGGCAGCGAGCGACGGGAGUGCUACUUUGACACGGCAGCCCCAGAUGCAUGUGACAACAUCCUGGCACGGAACGUGACGUGGCAGGAGUGCUGCUGUACCGUGGGCGAAGGCUGGGGCAGCGGAUGUCGCAUCCAGCAGUGCCCAGGCACUGAGACAGCUGAGUACCAGUCACUGUGUCCCCACGGUCGUGGCUACCUGGCGUCCAGUGGAGACCUGAGCCUUUGGCGAGAUGUGGACGAAUGCCAGCUCUUCCGGGACCAGGUGUGCAAGAGUGGGGUGUGUGUGAACACCGCUCCAGGCUACUCGUGUUACUGUAGCAACGGUUACUACUACCACGCACAGCGGCUGGAGUGUGUUGACAAUGACGAGUGCGCAGACGAGGAGCCAGCUUGCGAGGGCGGCCGCUGCAUCAACACGGUGGGCUCUUACCACUGCACCUGUGAGCCCCCGCUGGUCCUGGACGGCUCCCGGCGCCGCUGCGUGUCCAAUGAGAGCCAGAGCCUCGGUAGCCCCGCCUCCAACCCCGCCCCUGCGGUUAUGCCACACCCACCACCCUCCUUGGCUGGGCCUUAA